AUGAAACUCAUAGCACUCGUUUUUCUAUGCGCCACGGUUACCCAUGCCUGGUUGCCGGCCGACCGUGGUCUCUUCAAAGGGAAAGGAAAGCUGUCGCAGCUGUCCCAUCCCGGCGCAGAAAAGAUCCGUGGAGUUAAUCUUGGGUCCCUCUUCGUCGUCGAGCCUUAG